GAGGAAGGUGAGGUUCGAUCGCGAUGCAACCCGGUGGUGUUGGUCAGUCACUGUGAGCCACAGCCUGACUCGUUGAUCGGGGGAGCAGCACCGGCCGCGGGCACCAUAGCGAGGGCACCAGACCGUCCCACGACCCACAACAAGCCGUCAGCAAAGCCUGCCGGGGAGUGCGAGAGAGAUAGCAUGAGCGCAGCUGUCCGAGCAACGUACUACUACUUCGCCGUGUUCCAGCACCACUACCGGGAAGACCGUGACUUCAGGACUACUACCGUCGUCGUUGUGAACACUCACCCAGCUUGACCAUGGCCGAGACCUCUUCCGCCCUCGUCAACGGCAUGUUCAACAUCGCCACCGCGGCCACCGCCGGCUGCAUGGCCGACUUCGCCACCUUCCCGCUUGACACGGCCAAAGUCCGGCUCCAGAUCCAGGGAGUGCCGGCCGCCGCGCCGAUGCAGCUGGCGGGCGUGGGCGGGCACCUGCACAUGCCCGUGGCCGCGCAGUACGAGGGCCUCGUGGGCACCUUGACGACCAUCGCCCGGCAGGAGGGCGUGCGCUCGCUGUACAACGGGCUGAGCGCCGGCCUCCAGCGCCAGUGCGCCUUCGUGUCGGUGCGCCUGGGCAUGUACGAGUCCACCAAGAACUUCUACCAGGGCCUCAUUGACGGCAACAGGCCCAAGCGCGCCACCGAGGUGCCCAGCAUGAACGUCACGAGCCGCGUGCUGGCCGGUCUGACCACCGGGGGGCUGGCCGUGCUGUUCGCGCAGCCCACCGACGUCGUGAAGGUGCGCUUCCAGGCCGCGCCCCCCGGCACCAAGCCCUACCCGUCCACGCUCGCCGCCUACCGCUCCAUCGCCGGCGCCGAGGGCUUCUUCGGCCUGUGGAGAGGCCUCGCGCCCAACGUGGCCCGCAACUCCAUCGUGAACGUGUCCGAGAUCGUGUGCUACGACAUCGUCAAGGACGCGCUGCUGAUGCACGGCGUCAUGAGCGACGGCGUGCCCCUGCACUUCUCCUCCGCCGUGGUGGCCGGCUUCUGCGCCACCGUGGUGGCCUCACCCGUGGACGUGGUCAAGACCCGCUACAUGAAUGCCAAGCCCGGCGAGUACCGCAGCGCGCUCGAGGUGGCCACCAGGAUGGCCUCCAACGAGGGACUCGCAGCGUUCUACAAAGGAUUUACGCCAUCUUUCUGCCGUCUGGUGUCCUGGAACAUUGCUAUGUGGAUUACUUAUGAGCAGCUGAAGGGAGUUGUGCGAAGAAUGCGUGAAGUGGAAGUCUAGUCAUUUUAAACUGAUACUGUAUGAAAGCUUUAACUAGAGCUAAUUUUAAAUUCUCGACGCGACUGUUAUGUAAUUUAUUGUACCUUUAGUUAGUUGUAUAUGCCAUUGUGAUUGUAUUGGACUGAGUGAUUAGUUUUAGAUAGCACCUGUAUAUUUUAUCUUUAGCUUAGUUUUAUAUCUUGUUACUUCGCAGGUCGAAGGUACUUUCUAAAUGUAUUACGUACUUUUUUCAAAAUUUAAGACUGCCACAGGUUGGCGUUAAUUGUUAGACCACCUAAUUUCCAAUUAGUUGUUCAUUUGACAUUUCUUGACAUCUGACAUUCUUGUAAAAUACUUUUUAUCUUUACUUGCUUAGAGUUUUUCAUGACAAUUUGUAACGGCUUGCCAGCAUCGCUUUUAUGCCAUGUGUUAGGACAAGUUGACCAGUACCUGUGUUAUUGUACCGUUGUAAGAUAAUUAUUGUGUAUGUAUAUGCAGUGAUAGACUUCAUCUUCUGAUUUAAAAAAUAAAGAAAUGAAAUUUUA